AUGCCGAAAUAUGUGGCCUUGCUCACAUUCUUCGUGGAACUGGCUACCUCCAGCCUACCACCAGAGGAGGCUUUUCAUCUCCUCGGUUGCGCGGACGAUGGGCCCAACAACUUGCACUUGCUUCAAGUCAAGGGCCGCAUGGUCUCCCAUGAACUAGAGCUGCCACACAAGCCCAUCAUGAAGGGCGUCAGUUAUGGCCCCUCUCCUUUCACAUCCCCUCACCGGAAUAGGCACCAGGACUACUUCUGUGACGCUGCUCAGCCAAUGUGGGGGGACGAAGGCAGGGGAGACUUGCGCGUGAUCCGGAGCAUUGGGGCCAACACCGUCCGCCUCUAUGGCAACGACCCCGACCAGCCCCAUGCCAGGUUUCUCGAUCACGCACGAAGUCUAGGGCUCGAGAUCAUCCCUGGCAUGGGCGACAAAGCCUUUGAAACCGGCCAGUGCAAGGGCGGGAACUACUCAUGCUCCGAGGGCACCCAGUUUGCCUUCAAGAAGAACCUGGAGAACGGCUUCCUCCUUGCCAACAGAACCUACCACCCAGCAAUCAAGUAUUUCAUCGUCGUGAAUGAGCCAGAGCUCAAGCUACCAAGCCUCAAAGAGCCGCGACAGUUUGCCAAAGCCAUCGCGACCGCCAUCGACGGCGUCUUGGCCGCCGAGGAGGAAGCCGGAGUGGUUGGCCCAAAGCCCAACCUGACAGUGACUUUCUCCUUUGCCUCAUGCAAGCGCUGCGCCAAAUUCGGCGAUCGACCGGGGCUGGGCCAAAUCUGGACCCUCCAACACGCGCUUCUGAAUCCGGAGUCGUAUGGCAUCCAGCCCAAGCACAACCUCACCGAAUUCUUCCGCACGCGGUUCACCUACAGCUUCAACUCGGGCAACCCCUCUGGAGAGAUCCAGGAGCUCUUCCUAAAGCACUACGUAGAGCUCUUCCCGUCGACACCGAUCUUCAUUGCCGAGUAUCACAACCCCGGUAAUCCAGACUUGCAGGGAGACCUGGAGGAAAUCUUGAGUGUUGCCGCGAGCUCGUCUUUGCUUCUUGGCAUCAGCUUCUUCGAGUUCCAGAAUCGGUACGACCAAGCAGGGCACUUGGUCUGGGGAAUGUUCGACCCUCAGAAGGACGCGCAGAAGACAAUGCGUCUCAAGUUCGAGGAGUUCGAGUCAGCUGUCCCCUGCCUCAGCCCCAUCUACGAUGAGGGCACGGCGGACGGAAUCCGGACCAUCGUCGAGCAGCUCACUGCUGAGGUGGUGAUCAGCAAGCACGGAUUCCAUCAGAUGGUCGGCCUGAACAACGUCUCGGCCAUGCAGCAGUUCGUCAACCGAGUCGUGGAGAAGCUGGGAGGAUUCGUUCCCUACGUCGUUCCAAAGGAGUUUGCCGAGCUGUUCCUACAUCCUCAAUCCAGCUACCGCGACCUGGAGGCCAUGUUGGUCGGACAUCCGCAGUGGGCAAGGUGGGACACCUUCUCGGCCUGUACUGUCGACAAGAGCGCGCUUGAGUCCACGCUGGGCGGCAAGAUUGGCUACAUCUGCGGGCAAGGCUACGCUGACUGCUCGAAGAUUCCCCCCAUCUGCAAGAAGAACGUGUGGGACACGGCCUCAUGGGUUUUCGGGUCACACUUCCGGGAGCUCAUGUACGCCAGGGAUGAGACUCCCAAGCCGCUACAGCACUGCUACUUGGACGGCGCUGCGCAGUUUGUGAGGUCGAGCAUCUGGAAGAAGUCUUCCUUGAGGCACGCGUGCAUCGUGCCAGUGGGGUGGACAGACCCCAACAAGGUGUUUAUCACCCAACAUGGCUUCUACUUGGUUUGGAGCGAUCACGACCCGAUUGCCAUGAAGGUUUUCAUCCAGCGGGCGGUGGAACACACGGGUGGAGAGGUGAGGGAGCGGGUGCCCCGGCGGUUUGUGGCAAGGAUGUUGGGCUUGGAGGCCAGUUUCAAGAGCCUCCAAGCAAAACUCGCCAGACGACCAGCCUGGGCCUUCUGGCCUGCAGAGGCCGCGUGUGUUCCCGACCGCGCCGCAAAGGCCAGGGACGUUGGCUCCGCCAUCGGACAGGUUUGCAGCAAGGGCCUCUUCGACUGCGCCACGAUCCCGGAAUCAUGCAAAGGCAAUGUCUGGGACACUGCAGCCUACGCCUUCGGGUCUUACUACAAGGCCUUGCGACAGCGGUCGGACAAAGCGGAUCCUCUCUAUGACUGCGAAUUCACGGGCAAGGCGGUCUUUGCAAAUCCCAAGUUGUACAGCACGUUCAAUUUGACAAAAUCGUGCGUAGUCACAGUGCCCACAAUUGCAGACACGAAUUACAGCUAG